AUGGUGGUCAUCACCCGCUCAUUGGUACCGAUACUACGGGCGAGCCGACUUGCUGUACGGCAGCAAAAGGGCGUCAACCCUGUACAGCAAGUCUUCGGGAGAGAUACAAAUGGAAUACGGGGGCUUGCUACGGCCUUUGAGCGGUCGAAACCCCAUGUCAACAUCGGCACCAUUGGUCACGUCGACCACGGCAAGACCACCUUGACCGCUGCUAUCACGAAACGACAGGCUGAGAAAGGCAUGGCCAACUUCCUUGAAUAUGGCGCAAUUGAUAAGGCACCCGAAGAGCGGAAGCGUGGUAUCACCAUCUCCUCAGCACAUAUCGAGUACAGCACGGAGGCACGGCAUUACUCCCACGUCGACUGCCCCGGCCACGCAGAUUACGUCAAGAACAUGAUUACGGGUGCUUCAAGUAUGGACGGAGCUGUUAUCGUGGUGGCUGCUUCUGAUGGGCAAAUGCCGCAGACAAGAGAACAUCUCCUCCUCGCGCGACAAGUCGGAGUCCAAAAAAUUGUGGUGUUCGUCAACAAGGUCGAUGCGAUAGAAGACAAAGAGAUGUUAGAGCUUGUGGAAAUGGAGAUGAGGGAAUUACUGACGACCUACGGUUUCGAAGGAGACACUACGCCUAUCAUUCUUGGUUCCGCUUUGUGUGCGCUCGACGGUCGACAACCCGAGAUAGGGGUGCAAAAGAUCGAUGAGCUGCUGAACGCGGUGGAUACGUGGAUCCCAACACCACAGCGUGAGACCGAAAAACCCUUCCUCAUGUCCGUUGAAGACGUGUUUUCCAUUCCAGGCCGUGGUACUGUGGCCACGGGACGAGUGGAGCGUGGUAUCUUGAAGAAGGAUUCCGAGGUCGAGCUCGUAGGCAAAGGCGAGCAUCCCAUCAAGACCAAAGUCACGGAUAUCGAGACCUUCAAGAAGUCCUGCGACGAGUCGAGAGCUGGCGACAACUCUGGACUUUUGCUUCGCGGUGUUAAGCGAGAAGACGUGAAGCGAGGCAUGAUCAUUGCUAAACCAGGUUCUGCGAAAGCGCACAAACAAUUCUUGUGCUCAAUGUACGUCCUCACAAAGGAGGAGGGCGGCCGCCACACUGGGUUUUCGGAUAACUACCGGCCACAGAUUUUCAUGAGAACUGCUGAUGAAGCCGCCGCUCUACACUGGCCAGCGGACGUCGAAGAUCGCUCCAAGAUGGUUAUGCCGGGAGACAACGUCGAGAUGACGUGUGAUAUCUACAACCCAAUCGCCCUCGAGAGUGGACAGAGGUUCAACAUACGGGAGGGUGGACGUACGGUCGCCACCGGCCUGGUCACACGAGUCAUCAAAUAA